CAACGAUUGUCGGUGAUGAGAAUUCUGAUCCGGAGUUAAUGCUUAAACUUGGUGCUGUUAAAAAAGUUGAUCCUGGGAAUAACUUUUCUUUUUUAGCUACGUUUACGUCUGUGAGAAAGUGCCACGUGAGGUCCUAGAUUCUCUGGAGGAACUGGGAUAUCAUCUUGUCGGGACAGGUGGUGUAGGACAAACAUACGUGUGGACAAUGCACAAACCUGCUGGCAUUUGAAAAGGAACAUUGGUGCAUUGAAAACAUGGCUAAAGUCCAGGUGAUGAAUGUUGUUGUACUCGACAAUCCGUCGGCUUUCUUGAAUCCAUUUCAGUUUGAAAUAACAUUUGAGUGUGUAGAAGAUCUCCAGGAAGAUCUCGAAUGGAAAAUAAUUUAUGUUGGUUCUGCAGAAAGUGAAGCAUUUGAUCAGGUACUAGAUACUGUGUAUGUGGGACCUGUGCCAGAGGGACGGCAUAUGUUUGUAUUCCAAGCAGAACCUCCAGAUCCAAAAAAAAUACCAGUGGCAGAUGUUGUUGGUGUCACUGUUGUGUUGCUUACAUGUUCAUAUAGGGGCCAGGAAUUCAUCCGUGUUGGUUACUACGUAAAUAACGAUUACACGGACCCUGAGCUGCAGGCCCAGCCACCAGCAACACCACAGUUCGACAAACUGCAACGCAAUAUUCUCGCAACAAAUCCUAGAGUAACUCGUUUCAAGGUUGACUGGGAUGACAACCCCAGUAGAGCAACAAGUAAUGGAGGUGGUGAGAAUGGUACUGCUGUGAUGGAAAGUGGAAGUACUACAAAUGGCAUGCGCUCAUCGCUUGAGGCAACUAUGACAGCAAAUAGUUUGGAUGGUGGACCUAUAAGGGCUAGUAUAUUAGCUUCUGGAGAGACAAGCAUGGAGAUGUAGUUGUUUAUUUGUGAAACAUUAAGUGCUGCAAAGAAAGUGGUUAAGACAUUCAGUUGCACAUUUUGCAAGCAAGACUGCAAUAAUAAAACAUUAUUUAAGGCAAGCUGACAAGAUGGAUCAAUACAGUGGUGAGCAAGAAGUUAAUAAUAGUUCUGUGCAUCCAAAGGUACAUGUGCUGUCCCCCUCUCUGGCUCUUCCACCCAAACCGGAAGAACCACGAGCGGAAGACUGUUGUGGGCAAGGUUGUCAACCUUGCAUAUUUGACAUUUAUCAGCAACAAAUGAGGGCCUGGGAAGCAGAAUGCAGAAGACUGGAAGCUACAAAAUACAACACUGAUAAAGCUGAAAUCAUUUCUCCAUUGCGGUGGUCUCCAUUUCGUUGUGUUUCUGUAGAACAUGAGGCAGUCAGUGUUAAUGUGUACUGCUUUGAAUCAACAGAAUGCGACAGGAUUAUAAAUUUUUCUCCAUGGCAAUACUUGGUAGCUCAAAGUAACUUAAAUGUUUCCAUAUCCAGAGCUUACACCCCUCUCCCUGGCAAAACUGAAAGUCAAUUCAGUGUUAUUGUGAAACUCUAUGAGGGUGGCCUGAUGUCAGAGUUUUGGAAAACGGUUUAUUGUGAUGAAGUGGUGCUAUGGAAAGGACCAUAUGAGACUGGCUUCCACUAUAAUCCCAAUAGCUACAGCCAUAUAGUGAUGUUUUGUGCUGGAACAGGGCUAGCACCAUGUUUCGCAUUGGCUCAUUAUGUUACAUCCAAUGAAUUAGAUGAGACUUUUGUUAGGAUUAUUUUUUCGUGCAGGACUAGAAAUAACAUUUUGCUCAGACAACCCCUUCGAAAGCUCAGAGAGAACUGGAAUUUUACCUCAAAAACUGUAUUAACACAAGAUGAUGAUACAGGUUUGGAGAAAUGGUAUGGCGAGGAUCUUUCAUCGGGAAGGAUCACUUCAGAAGUUGUUUCCAGUGAACUUGCAGGGAAGAGUUCUGUUUUUGUUAUGAUUUGUGGUACACAGUCAUUCAACAAAGAUAUUUGUGGUUAUGUAAGGAAAUGUGGUGUGAGAGAAAAAGACACCUUGGUUCUAUGAUUUAAGUGUUCAGCUAUUGUGUGAACAAAGUGAUGAAUAACAUUAGAGUUGGAUUAGUGAGAGAGGUUUUACAGGGUGUGAUAUUUAAAAAGAAAAAUACUCAUAUCAUGCAACUUUUUAACACAUUGUGAACCAUAAAUAUUAGUGUGAUUGGUGAUGUUUACUCUCUGUUCUUUGUGAUUUUAUUUGCUCUGUUUGUUCGAAAGUAAAUUUGUACUGAAAAACAAGGUAGUAACAUAUGUGAAACAUGUGCCUAUUAUCAGUGAAGCCUUGUUCGUGGCUUUUGUGUGUGUACAAAGUUUGUCAUUUUAUAUUUACCAUACAUUUAUACAUCGGGUAGAAAAUUUGAGAGAUUGGUUGUAAUUGUUCUUUACGUAAAGUUUAACAUAAAUGUGAAUGAUUGGUUUUGUGGUUAGCUGAAAUUGACCUCGUGUGCUGAAUGCUGUAUAUUGUAAAGUGCAAGAUUGCUUUGGCAACAUAAGUAUUUUGAUCAUAUUCAGAUUAAAAAAUAUUACAAAAUUAAAUUGCAAGAAAAUAAAUUUUUAAAGGUAAA